AUUCCUGGCAGCUAACGGAGCAGCAGAGGCUAAAUUAGGCCUGGUUUCAUUGACUUCCAAUCCCCCGAGUCCCAGCAGUUCUGCAGCCCAGAGUAGGGGAGACCGUCUGGUGCUCAGGGCCUCUGAUGCUUCCUCAGAGCUUCUCCAGACACUGUCUGGUCGGAGACAGGUGCUGAGUGCUGCUGAGUGUUGCUGUGUGUGUGGGCUCCAGGGGCCUGGUUCAACAUUCCACUGAUAGUUUGAUAGACACAGUCUUUGGGGGAGGAAGAGGAGGAGGCCAAUGCCCACACCAACCUCACAGAAGAAGAACUGAGGGGAGGAAGUGCCUUCCCUGAUGUCUGCUGCAGCUUUGACCUGCUUCUACAGCUGAAGCUCCACCCUCGCCCCCCGCCUCGCUCGCUUGCUGCCACAGUAACACGAGUACAAGGACAGUGACCACACCCUCCUCGCAGCCUACGCUCUGACCUGCUCGUCCACCCACCACCAUCACCAUCCACUCCUCGCAGCCGGGCUCAGCCUCAAGCUCUCCUUUACCAGACGGCCAACGCUGCCAACUGCUCUCCACCAGCUGACCAGCCUUACCACAGCAGCCCAACAAACCAUCAGGCCCACGCAGCAUCUCACCCACCUUGCCUUUAACCUUCGCCUUCAACCCUCUAAGCCUCCACUUGGUCCUCAGUGUCCUUAACCUUCCUGUAGCAGGCUACACCCAGACUAUCACCUUUGUUGCCUGCUUCAACUGCACUUGGCUUUUGAAUGUUGUAGAUGAGACCAUUCAGCGAGCAGCAGUAAGGGAGCCAAGAGUGACAGCUUAAUUGUUAGUCUAAGUCGUCUCCUGGAUAUAAACUCUGUGGUUGAUUGAUCAGGAUAAUUGUCUAAUAACAUUCACAGCGAAACAUCAUCCUGCAACAUUUCACUUUGGAAAAGGAGCCCUUCAAUCAAUAGGAACUUUAUUUUGAUUUUCAUUUCAACGUUUUAAUAAGUAUCAUAGACUCUAACAACAAAUAAGCAAAAAAAAAAAAGACCUUAAAGUUGUGGAAUAAAACACUAGAGGUACUUUACUCGUGCUUGAACAGAUUUCAGCUCGGAAUACCUUUUUUUGCCAGCGCGUUGCCAUGGCGAUGAACAUGGCACACAUCCGCGACACAAAGUGGCUGACACUUGAGGUAUGCAGGGAGUUCCAGAGGGGCACUUGCUCACGCUCUGACCAGGAGUGCAAGUUCGCUCAUCCGGCCAAGAGCUGUCAGGUGGACAACGGACGGGUCAUCGCUUGCUUCGACUCACUCAAGGGCCGUUGUUCCAGGGAGAACUGCAAGUAUCUGCACCCUCCUCCCCACCUAAAGACCCAGCUUGAGAUCAAUGGCAGGAACAACCUCAUCCAGCAGAAGAACAUGGCCAUGCUGGCCCAGCAGAUGCAGCUCGCCAAUGCCAUGAUGCCUGGCACGCAGCUACCACCUAUGGUGAGAGGACACACACGUAUGAACACACCACAGCUACUGCCAACGCCCAUGUUCUCCAUGACGCCAGGCCUGGCCACCAACGCCAGCGCAGCAGCAGCUGCAGCCGCGGCCUUUAAUCCCUACCUGAGCCCAGUGUCACCAGGCCUGAUGCCCCAGGAGAUCAUGCCCAGCACCCCUGUCCUCAUGGCCUCCAGCCCCACUGUCAGCCAAGUCCCCAACGCUGCCGCUGCUGCAGCCCAGAAACUGCUGAGAACGGAUAGACUUGAGGUGUGUCGGGAAUAUCAGAGAGGCAACUGCUCUCGGGGGGAGAACGACUGUCGCUUUGCCCACCCCGCAGACAGCACCAUGAUCGACACCAACGACAACACCGUCACCGUGUGCAUGGACUACAUCAAGGGUCGCUGCUCCCGAGAAAAGUGCAAGUACUUCCAUCCGCCGGCCCAUCUGCAGGCCAAAAUUAAGGCUGCCCAGCACCAGGUGAACCAGGCCACAGCCGCCGCGGCCAUGACUCAGUCGGCUGUCAAAUCACUGAAGCGACCCCUCGACGCAACCUUUGACCUGGGCAUCGGCCCUAGUGUCAUGGCUCCCCUGCCCAAGCGGGCAGCCCUGGAGAAGGCCAACGGGGCCUCUGCCAUGUUUAACACCGGCAUGCUCCAGUACCAACAGGCCCUGGCCAGCAUGCAGUUUCAGCAGCAGGCUGCUUUCCUCCCAUCAGGCUCAAUAUUGUGCAUGACACCUGCAGCCAGCAUUGUUCCCAUGAUGCACGGUGGUAAUCCAGCCACUGUGUCUGCAGCCACCACAUCUGCCACAAGCGUUCCCUUCGCAACUGCCUCCACCAAUCAGGACUCUUCCUUUUCAAAGUUGACUACCAACGAAUACAUGCAAUUGAUUCCAAUAAUAUCUGCAGAUCAUCUGAGUAGUCACAAGUACUUGACUCAAAUGUAGUUCCUCUCAAGAACAAUCAAAUGAAUGUGUGCUGGCACCGUCCAAGCCAAAAGAGUUCAGCCUUUAUGUACAUAACCUUCAGAAUGUCAAGCAAUGGGACAAGGAGGGUCUGCCAUCUCUCAGCCGGUCCACAAUGAUGGUCUCAUCACACAUGUAAACAUCAACGGUGCAACACAUGAUCUGUGCCAUCUUCCCACAUAUCAAUGUCAAGAAGAAUUUGUUGUCAAAUUCAACGUCCAGCCAAGACAAGAGGACAUCUUGGUGCCAGAUUCAGUGUGUCUCUCCCUCUACGGGAAACGUUCACAUUACACCUCUGUGUCUGACAAAAUCAUAGCGCUCAAUUUGUUCUAAUUAUUAUCAUUACUGCACGCACAGAGGAUCAAGAGCGUGGUUGCAUAAAGCAACAUCCAGUGCUGGUACGUUAGUAGACCAAGAUUUUUCUUUCCUUUUUUAUUUGUUCUGCUUUAUUUUAUUUUUUUUUAAUUGAUAGCCAUAUUUCAUAGUUUACAAGUGAAAUGCAAACAUGCACCUUGAAUUUGAAUUGAAAUCUGAAAGGCACAAUGAUUUUAACAGGAAUUUUAUUCGCCAAAAGAAUUAGGCAUGUACAGUAUUGUGUUUUUACGGCUACUAGUGAAACUAGAUGUUGAAAUGAGGGUCUUGGACAUAUGAAUGUUCUGGGUAAACCAACAUACCUGUGUACCUUGAAAGCACAGCCAGGCUAGCUUUUCUCACCUUGUCAUGUGCCAUCAAGGCCAUACAGCUAAAAACCAGAGUGUUAUCUCAGCAGUGUUAUUUGUUUACCGAAGGUAAAAGUUUUGUAUGGCUCUUUUUGUAUUGUUUUGUUUUAAGAAUCUCCAUUGUGAGUGUUUAUUUUUUACUUUUUUUUUGUUUUCAUUUCUCUAAUUAAUCAGUUUUAGAAGUGGGGUUCUUGCCAAUUUCUUUUUUUUAAUUUUUGUUUUUCUUUUAAAAUCAAAAAUGGAGGGUUUUUCUAAAGUUUGUCAUACCUCUUUUCAUAGACUAGUGUUGUUUUUGUUUGUUGGGAUUAAGUCCAUUAAAGCCUGGUGAAGUAGAGGGUGUAGCUUCAAUUGACAAUGUGUUACAUUGUUCUCCCUCUUCUAAAGAGGAGCGACUUUAAAACUGUGUCUCCAAAAAGCACUGUUGAGCCAUGUGUUGAUGGGAAUUUAAAAACACCAGACCCUGAAGGUCUAUUAGGUCAUUUAAGCCACAUGUGCACUUGAAUGAUUGUUUGUCUGAUCACCCUGUUUUAAUUUUACAACCCAUCUUAAGUGAACUUUCACUUUUGAGGAAAUACAACACGUACUGUGUUAGUUUCCAAGCAAAACAUGAAGGUUCUUAUUCAUUUGUAGAUCUGAUAACAGAAACCAAAGCACAGUUUGUCUCUCAAUCGUAUUCACAGAGGGUUACAGAAGCAUCUCUGAAGAGGCUUAAACAAUUAAGGAAACAUCCUUCAUUCAUCUGUCCAUUUUAUGAUCACUUCCCUUUUCUUUUUUCACAGAGGUGUGUAGUGUGUCUUUACCGAUUGUAAUGUACCUAACAAAGCCUUAGAUUACAAUUAAUGGGUCUCAGCCCAAUCAAAUGUACUUUCAAUCACCAUGCAGGUAAAGAACACCAAUGAUGUUUUAUAGUUGUCUCACAUGCCGCUUAUGAUCUCUUUUUUGUUCUUUCUCUCUAUGUAAAAGUAACAAUUACUCUUAAAUUUCAUUGAACUUAUGUGUUAUGUACUACUUAAGGAUUUGAAUCUAUUUGAGGUAUGUAGUUGUAGAUUUUUCUUUUUUUUUGCCUUACUAUAUAUUACUUGACAACAUUGAUAUAGCCGUUGUAGAUUUUGAGGUAGUAUGACAUUCAUAACUUUUUCAAACCAUAUAAAUGAUAAUGUGUUGAGUCAGUUUUAAAUAUUCACUUCAUUCAUAUAGCUGGAUGUCUUUUUCAGUUGAUGUUACAUUAUCAGUUAAUUUUGUUGAUGAAAGACUUUUUUGAUACAAGGAAUGAGAUCAAUUAAUUUGCUGCCAUCUGCAGCGUCUCUGAAUAGAGAAAAAAAAACUAAUGUUUUAACCAACUUAAAUUGUCCUUGUAACAUGUCAAGAUCAUGUUUGAAAAUAUAUUGUGUUGAAAUAUCCAUGUCCAUGUUUUAGAGUAAAAAUUAUUUUCUACUGUAUCCAUUUAAAAAAAGAUAUGUACUUUUGUUUGAAUAUUUCUUAAGUUUGCCCUGAAUGUCAGGCCAAAACGAGCAGUGAGAUUGACGGGUGUUUGGAUGUUUGGUGGAUAGUGAGAUUAGGAGCGAGAAAGCAAAGACUUCUCCGGGUCGGAGAAGUCAGUAAUUCUGCAGAUGAUGAGUUCUAACCUAAGGGACGAAGGUUGACUUUUUGCACUUCUGUAUAUAGUCAAAUGAACAGAGAAAAAAUGUGUAUAAUAUUGAGAUAUUAUUUUGAAUAAAAAAAGAUCUAUAAUUAUAAGGAAUUUUGCUAGAUUAAUUUAAAUUCUUAAAUUAGAAGACCAGCUAAAAAAAUUGCUUGCAAAGAAGGGCACUAGUUUCUUGGCCAAUGCAUUCAGAGAAAGCUAUGCGCUUUUUGUCUUAUUUUAUCAGUGGCUAGUAUUGCCAGGGAAUGUUGUAGGGGAAUAAAAUCCCCAUGUCAUGCUAACUCCACCCCUCCUGUAGGAUGACACAUCCAGUAAUGUCCAUAUGUCAUUUGUUGGACUUGGUCAUGCAGUAUUGCUGCUCCCAUGGUACAGUUGAUACAUAAACCUCUCAAAAAUUGUAUUCUAUUAUAGUUUGAUUUGACUGCAUGUAAAAGUACAAACAUGUAAACAAAAGAAUCUGCGUAGUUAUGUAAAGAAAGAUAACACAUUCAGAUUACAGAAUACACAAUACUAUGUUUGUUUGUUUUUUCAAAUUAUACAUACAGUAGAUAACAUCCACAGUGGGGAGAAAUAAUACUUCAAAAAACAAGUCAUCUUACUCUUGUGUGAUAAAAAUAUUUUCCAAGCAAACAUGUUAUUUAAAGAAUGAUAAAAUAUAAGCACUCAUCCACCCCAGAUACUUUCUCAUAGCCAUAUAAUUACAGUUGACACUGACUCACAGGAAGUUGUUCCUGCUAUCAUAGCUGUGCACUCAGCAGGUGAAGGCUCACCACACCAAAUGCGUAUUUGGCAAAUUAGUCUUUGAAAUGAAUGUAACAGUCACCGGUCAACAUGUUUCUGACUCGAGGCUGCUGUAUAGUCGCUACAGAACCAAAGUACCAUUUUCUCCAAACCAGUUGUUCAGUCACCUGGCUGCAACCAAGGUUUAUCUUCCCUGCUGAGGGCACAUGUACGCUUUGACUGCUUUUUACUUGUAAGUGCAACCACCUACGUAUUUGCUAACAGUUGCCACACAAUAAUGUACUAUUCUGUCUUCAGAUUUGUUUAUGCACAUUUUAUUGUUGCCAUAAUUGACUCUUGCUGUAUGGAUGAAAAAAAUCUGAAUAAAACAAUAUUUGAUUUGCUCAUGCAA